AUGACCAAGCUUCCAAUUGACGGUGCAACAACGCCGUAUGAUUAUCUGUCAACCUGGACCUGGAGGAAGACAGAGAAGUCAAGGAAGUCCUUGCUGACAGAGUUAAGUAUUGCUAAUUUGCGAGAACAAGGAUAUGAUGGAGCAAGUAAUAUGCAAGUGAAUGUUAGUGGAGCUUUAACGAAACGUUGGGAUAUUCUACGAGAGAAACAUAGCAUGAAAAUUUUUGAAGCUUUAAAUAAUGGUGAAAUAUCAAGUGGACAAGGAUUAAAUCAAGAGAUAAUGAUUAAAAGACCAGGAGAUACUCGAUGGAGAUCACAUUACAACACUUUAACGAGUUUAGUUACAAUAUUCUCUUCAGUAGUUGAUGUGCUUGAGAUAAUUGUGGACAGUGGAUCAAAUUCAGAACAAAAAUAUGAAGCACAGAUUCUAAUGACUUCAAUUUUGUCAUUUGACUUUGUUUUCAAUAUAGAUCUCAUGAAAAAUAUAUUGGGAAUCACAAAUGACUUGUCUCAAAUCUUACAAAGAAAAGAUCAGGAUAUUGUGAAUGCAAUGAAUUUAGUCAACAUUUGUAAAUAUAGACUGCAAGCAAUGAGAGAAUCUGGUUGGAAUUCAUUAUUGGAAAGAGUUUCUUAUUUCUGCAAUAGUCAUGGUAUUAAAGUUCUUAAAAUGGAUGCUAUGUUUUUUGUUCGACGAAAAAGUCAAAAAUCUCAACCAGUUACAAAUUUGCAUCAUUAUCAUGUUGAAGUCUUCUAUACUGUCAUUGAUAUGCAACUUCAAGGGUUGAAUAAUCAUUUUAUUGAAUCAAGUACUGAAUUUCUUCUCUGUAUGGCUUGUUUGAAUCCGAGUAAGUCAUUUACUGCUUUUAAUAGACAAAAACUUAUUCGACUUGCUCAGCUUUAUCUAAGAGACUUUUCAGCUAUUGAACUCUCUAUGCUUGAGGAUCAACUUCAAAAUUACAUUAUUGAUAUGCGUUUAGAGUUUGUUGAACUAAAAAGCAUUAAUGAUCUUGCACUGAAAAUGGUCGUUACGAAAAGAAAUAAGAGGAAUAUAAACGAUCUUGAUAUUGUUGAAGAUGAAGAAGAAGAGAAAGAAUAUUCAAGAGGAAUUAUCGAAAAGGGCACAGAAAGUGAAUAA